UCGCUGCAACAAGUUUCCGCUCGUGAUGUUCGACUCCUAAAGCGCAGUCGGGUUCCAAUCCCCUGGAUCUAACCGCUCUCCAAGGAGAACCGCUCCGUGGAGCUCCGAGCAGUCUGAACACCUCACCUCUCCCCGGCGGGGCGGUCCUCUCCACCGAUGCGGCAGGAAAGAAUGCGAGUUCGAUUCCCCCGACGAAUAACGGGUCGCCAAAACAUCCGAACGCGUCGUCCGUUCUCCCGGUGUCCGCGUCGGAACGCGCGGUGGACCGGGGCGGAACCGGUCGGACUUUGAUCUCCUCGGAAACUUUCUGCCCGUCGUCUCGAGCCACGCGCGUCCCGCCGCUUCUGUCGCCGCUGCGCGUACGCGGCUAUAAUCCGCUACUCCGGAGAACGACAACACUGUUGCAUCAUGGGAGUUGUAGGUCCACGCACCGUCUUGGGUUCACACGCGAAACUACACUCAAACGACAAUACCCAGGUUGCAACAGACACGACGUACCUUUUGCGUCUCUGCUGUAGUCCCGAGUACGGAGUCCUUCCUUCCUACCCGUUAUAGGGGUCUGUUUGAGAGGGGAUGACGGCGGUGGACCCCCCGGGCGGGGAGCCGUUCGGGGCACCGGGAGAGAAGACCGGAUGGUUGUCCAAACGCGCGCAUUUCACCCUCCGGUGGAGACCGACGUGGUUUCAUCUGAAAGGCGGGCGGCUGUUGUACGGUGAGAGCGACCAGAGCCCCGUGAAGACCAUCCCCCUGGUUGGGGCGGAGGUGGGCGGUUCCGACGACCCCCUCGGGUGGACCAUCACCCCCCAGGGCGCGAAGCGGUGCUUCCACCUGCGGGCCGCGAGCGAGGCGGAGCAGCAGAGCUGGCUGCGCGGCAUCUUCGACGCUCAGAUCGCUUCUGCGCGUCAUGGAACGCACGCCUGCGUUCUGCAGUAGCCAGAGUUUAGAGUAUCCCUUUAUUUAAUUUGGUGCGUCGUUAUUUUUCUACUUUUUAUGCAACCAGCUAUCAGAAUGUGAAGCACAUUUAUACUUUGUAUUACUAUACUAUAUCCUUUUUAUAUUAUAAUUUAUACUUUAUAAUAGUUAUAUUUUAUAGAAGUAUUUAUUUUUACUUUAUAUAUUUUUGAAGGGGUAUGCCUCUUAUGGAAGGUACCUUUUAUACGGUGAAUGUUUCGUUCAGAUGUGAAAUGAGUGGCUAUUAGAAUAAACCAUAUUUACUCCAAAUAUUGUUAUGGUUAUUGUGUUGGC